AUGGUCUACACCACCACUGAUGUGUUUUGCCUUCAGACAUUUAGAAGAUGCCGUCAAAAGGACAGAGACCACCGGACCCAGAAGUCCCACGGGCCUGUAGAAGUGAGUCCACUAGUCCCUAAAGAAUCGAGUCCACUGGACUCUGUAAAACCGAGUCUACUGGACUGCCCCAUGCCCCCUCUGUUGGUUCAGACCCGACAGGAAGAGAACAAGGUUUGGGUGAAAACUCUCUGUUUGUGUCUCUUUGCUCCAGAACCCGAUUUGCUGGUGUCAGGCAUUCACAGGUCCAAUUCUAACGGCACCACAGCGCCUGAUGGUGUCACCUUCUUCGUGAUCCAGGGCCUCGCCAGCCUUGGGGACACACAGAUGGUUGUGUUUGUCUUCCUCUUGUUGGGUUACAUCAUCAUCCUGGGAGGAAACUGCUUGAUCCUCGUUGUGGUUCUGACCGACCCAAAGCUCAGCUCUCCCAUGUACUUCUUCCUGUCCCACCUCUCCUUCGUGGACAUGGUCUACACCACCACCACCAUCCCUAAACUGCUGUGCAGCCUCCUGUGGGGCGUGACGACCAUCUCGGUUCCCGGCUGCUUCCUCCAGAUGUUCUUCUUUGUGCAGCUCGGUGCCACUGGUCACUCCAUCCUCACCGUCAUGGCGUACGACCGCUACGUGGCCAUCUGCAGGCCUCUGCACUACGGCUCCAUCAUGACCCGGCCCGUCCAGCUGCUGCUGGUGGCCGGCGCCUGGAGCUUCAGCAUCCUUUGUACGCUUCCUGCUGCCGCCAUCACCUGGCAGGAGCCGUACUGCGGCCCCAACGUGGUCCGACACGGCUGGUGCGACCCGGCAUCUGUGCGACGGCUGGCCUGCGCCGACACCACGGUGGAUAACUUAGUUUCCCUUUUCUCUGCGCUGGUGUCGCUGCUGAGCACGGGCGUCCUCAUCCUUAGCUCCUACAUCCUGAUUGGCGUUUCCAUAUCCAAGAUGGCUGCCGGUGAGCGGCUGAAGGCGUUGGGGACGUGUGCGGCCCACCUGAGCGUGGUGACCGUCUCCUACACCUCAGCCUCCUUCGUGUACAUCUCCUACCGGGUGGGCAACUUUCCUCCAGAGCUGAUGGUGAUUGCUGUGCUCUACUCGGCUCUGACUCCAUUCCUGAACCCACUGAUCUACAGUCUGAGGAACAAGGAGCUGCAGGAUGCUAUCAGACGAACCCUGAGCAGGAUCAGCUGUGCUGCCGCCUCAGCUGCAGAAGAGACUGACACAGACAAGGUGUUCUGACGAACAGUUCACGCCAGUGUCAGUCACUGAGCUCCUCCCUGUUUACAGAGCAUCUGACAGGGAUUCACCAACACUCACAGAUGAAGAAGAUGUUUUGUUAAUGCUAUAGAAAAGAUCAUAGGCCACAUUGUGCUUGGUGACUGUAGACUUUAUAAAGAGCACAUCAUCAGUGACCUUUAAGAUACUGUAAUUAUCACAAGUGCUACAAUAGAUUACAGCUUGUUUGAGAGUUACAGCAGCCGAGGCUCUGACAUUUUCUCUCUCUCUUUGACAUUUUACAAUAAGCUGCAUCCAGGGUCUGGAUCGGCAGCAGUCUGAGCAGCAUGAGACGCUCAGCUGAGCCCAACAGCAAAGCUCAAAUGCGAAGUAAUAAUGUUCAUUGUUUUUUGGAACGAGUUUGUACAUUCUACAGGAAUGAAAGUUUUUUAUUAAAGUUUAUUCAUAA